AUGCCUACCAAGCCAAAUCAAAGUGCAUCUUGGCAGGGCGUUCACGUCGUGGCGUUCCCAUGCAACCAGUUCGGCCAGCAGGAGCCUGGAAGCAACUCUGACAUCCGCCAAUUUGCUGAGGAAAGAGGCCUGACGGUGAACGAGCCUGGUUCGCGAUUCCACCUCAUGGCAAAGGCAGAUGUGAAUGGAGCAGAGAAAGCCACAGCAUGGGACAAGUUGCUGGAAGUUACCAGUUCCGGCCACAAGGCGACGCAAUGGAACUUUGCAACAAAAUUUGUUGUGAAAUGUGCUGAUGAAGCAGGAAAAUGUUCCAUCACGCGCAUGGAUGGAUUUGGGACAAUGGAAACAUUGCGUCAGCAAGCAAAAGAAGUGUACCCCAGCCAAGGGGAGCUCUAG